CGCCAUCCCUCCCGCACUGUUGAGUUAUCAUAGUAAAUCUCAUAAUUUUCGCCGAUAUGCCACCUAAACCCACGUCAACUGCUGGUAAAGCCCCAGCUUCUGGUGCUGCCACUAAAGCCCCUAUCAAAACCACCGAGGGUACUGCUAAAGCUGCGAAGAAGACCUCUAAGACUGCCACAGCCCCAGCCGCUGGAGAGGAAAAGAAGAAGCGGAAGAAAGUCCGCAAGGAGACCUACUCUUCUUACGUCUACAAGGUGCUCAAGCAGGUACACCCAGACACUGGCAUAUCUAAUAAAGCUAUGGCAAUCUUGAACUCGUUUGUCAACGACAUUUUCGAACGCAUUGCUACGGAAGCUUCAAAGCUCGCUGCAUAUUCCAAGAAAUCGACAAUUUCAUCUCGUGAGAUACAGACGGCAGUCCGUCUCAUACUUCCCGGAGAGCUUGCCAAGCAUGCUAUCUCUGAGGGCACAAAAUCCGUGACCAAGUUCUCGAGCUCUGGCGGCAAGUGAAGAACCCUAUGUUAUCAGCUGUAUCGUUAGGCGUUGUAUUAACUCUAUUAUCUUUAUUAUUAUUUUAUUGGGAUCUAGUGCUCUUGUCGUUUUU